AUGCACUCUCGCGUGACCCGUGCGACCGCGGCCGCCAAAGCAAAGAAUGACUCUCCUUCUAUUACAAAAGCUAAAGUCACAGCUUCCAAACCUUCUCUCCCUUCUACUUCGAUGAUUCAAAUACGCUCCGAAUCGAAGAAGCGUUCCCGCGCUUCUCUUUCUUCAACUCCUCAACCUCAACUUGAUCCAUUUGAUUCACAUCCUUCUAAAUCCUCCUCUCGACAACAACCCAGAACCAAACCUCGUUUAUCUAACCAUAACCCCGUUUCGACUCCGCCCACACGAGCUACCGUCGGUCAUCGAGAAGUGACGUCUACCUCCGUCUCAAAUCACCUGGUACCAGCUCAAAGCACCUCCGCUCGUUCAGCUACAUUCGGCCUGACCGUCGACGAAAACCCACUUCCUACUGCUCCAAGAGCAGGAAUGGGAGACGUUUAUCCUUCUCCUCCGGAAAGCGAUAUACGCUCAGAAGCUUUCUAUAUCAUACGUUCCGCUCAACGUCAUCAAGAAGAGUUGAGGAAAUCUCGAAUGACAAGUGAAACUCCUCCUCUGAACGACGCUGUCACUCCUCCCACACCGCCACAACUUCCUAGACCACGACUGCAGCUAUCUUCGUCUGCCAGAGGAGGGGCAAAACGACAAGCCGCCUUGAACGCCCAAAACGCAAUUGCUAAUGGUAUGCAUGAUGACACGGACGAAGAUCGUCUUUUUUCACGUUCUCUUUCCCCUCCGAAUAAGAUCCGACUUCCUCCUAUCAAAACGAAUGAUCCUUUUGAAUCUUCUCGUCAGUCCGUAUCUUCAGCUGGAUCUUCGUUGCCUUUGGUAUAUCAAGCGGAUGUAGAAGUAUAUCGCCCGGCUGUCAGCGUUAGUCAAGUGACGAUGGACGACUUUGACGAACAAUUCGCCAAGACCGUGUCGGCGUACAGGAAUGGACAGUAUUCUAAACCACGUGAAGACUACGUGAUCCCGAAGAGUCUUGCGAAUGGAAGACCGGCAGUCGUUCUCGCCACGAAAACAAGACCCAAGGAUCGAUUCGAUCGAGCUCAUCAGGAAGGUUAUGAAGCUCUUCUUCCUGAACUUGAAGAGGAUAUCCGGGGGUUUCUUGAAAGCGUCAAGGCUAAUGCCAAGGCCGUAGUGGACUUUAGAUUCAAACAUGCUUCUCAAAGACGAGAAGCUUUCAUCGAAGCUAUCGGUAGAGGACUUACCGGUUUAGGAUGGCAGUUGACGGACAACGCAGAUGGGGCGUUUGAUAAUGUUCGUCCUUGUCGUCUGCCCUGA